CGUGCACCGGAAACGUUUCGUUCAACAUCCGGGUCAGUUUUCCUCACGCUGCAAACAGCAUGGCAGCGAAAAACAAGCAACGUAAAAAGUCCAAAAAAGUGACAUUUGAGGCCGAAGAAAACGAGCCGGAGGCGAAAAACAGCGGCGGAGAGGAGGAUGAAGGUGAAGAGAAGAAUACGAAAGAGGAGGAGAGAGAGGAAGAGGAGCUCAGUCUGGAGGAGGUUUUACGGCUCGGAGGAACUAAGGCCGACUAUAUCCUCCUCGCCGGCCUCGAAGACUCCAACGAGCUCGUCGAUGGCGGCAUGAAAGGAGCGAUAGAUGAUCUGGAGGAGGGCGAGCUGGAGUCAUUCAUCACCAAGCUGGGCAUCCGGGCAUACGCGACGCAGCAAACCAUUCCGGACAAGCCUGAGGGUGAAGCCGCCACGGCUGCCACAGCUGCUGGCGAGAAGAAAGCUAAAAAGGUCAAAGUGGAGAAAGCAGAGGAGACGGCACCUGACACUCAGCCCAACGUCGUCGAUCAGAAGAAGAAGAAGUCAAAAGAGGCGCGGGUAUCGGCGGCAAAAAAGGCGAAGCAGAGCCAGACCGUGUUUGAGUUCCAGCCGCGGCAGGUGCUGCUGAUCAAACCUGGUGGUAAGUGGUUCGAGCUGGAUUACACAGAAGAGGGCUCGUCGGCGCCACAGGAUGCUGCCCUGGUCUCGCAGUACAAGACGCUCGCUCAGCAGCUGUUCGAGGCUGAGGUGACCCUCUACAAGACCAAGAAGAGCUUGCAGAAAGGCGCCAACUCGGCCUGGAUGAAGACAGUUGUCUCCUCUGGCGUGCUGGCGGACAGAAUGGCAGCCAUGACGGUUCUGAUUCAGGACGCUCCGGUGCACAUGCUGGAGCACGUGGAGAACCUAGUCACCAUGGUGAAGAAGAAGGGCAGUCGGCGGAUGGGUCUGAUGGCAAUGGACACGCUGCGAGAGCUGCUGCUGUCCAACCUGCUGCCCGGGGACAGGAAGCUCCGCACCUUUGCCCAGCACCCGUUCGACCAGCUUGAGGAGAAGGCCAGCGGCAACCGCGACGCCCGCGACCGCCGCCUCAUCCUCUGGUACUUUGAGCACCAGCUGAAGCACCACGUGGCUGAGUUUGUGGUGGCGCUGGACUCGGUGGCUCACGACACAGUGCCCGCCACCAAGGCAAAGGCGUUAGCCACUGCCCAUGAGCUGCUGUGCAGCCGUCCAGAACAAGAGAAGGCGCUGCUCACCCAAGUGGUAAACAAGCUUGGAGACCCCGAGUACAAGACGGCGGCAAAGGCAUCGUACCUGCUGGAGACACUGCUGCACAAACACCCCAACAUGAAGGGGGUGGUGUGCUGCGAGGUGGAGCGGCUCCUGUUCCGACCCAACAUCAGCCCGAAGGCACAGUACUACGCCGUGUGCUUCCUCAGCCAGGUGAUCCUGAGCCACGACGAGGACGGGCUCGCCGCCAAGCUCAUCACCAUCUACUUCUCCUUCUUCCGUGCCUGCGUCAAAAAGAAGGACAUUGAGUCGAAGAUGCUGAGUGCGCUGUUGGCGGGCGUGAACAGGGCGUAUCCCUACACCAGCACCGGGGACGACAAAGUGAGAGAGCAGAUGGACACACUCUUCAAAGUGGUUCAUCUGGUGAAGUUCAACACAGCCGUGCAGGCACUCAUGCUGCUGUUCCAGGUGAUGGACUCCCAGCAGAGCAUCUCGGACCGGUACUAUGUGGCUCUGUACAGGAAGCUGCUGGACCCCGGGCUGUCGUCGUCCUCCCGCCCGAACAUGUUCCUGAACCUGCUGUACAAAUCCAUGAAGGCUGACGUGGCGCUGAGGCGGGUCAAAGCCUUUGUCAAACGGCUGCUGCAGAUCAGCGCCGAGCAGAGCGCCAGCUUCGCCUGUGGGGCGCUCUUCUUGGUGUCGGAGGUCAUGAGAGCCAAACCGGGCCUGAAGAUACUGCUGCAGGAGGCGGAGGGGAAUGAGGAAGAGGAGGCGUUCAAAGACCUCGCUGCAGAUGAUGAUGAUGAAGAGGAGCGAUUCGUGGAUGCUGACAAACUAGAGGAACAAACAAACACAGAGGCAGAGGAGGUCAAACCUGCAGCAUCAUGGGUACAUCACCAGAACCUGGAAGGAAUGAAGAGUGUUCAGAGCUACGACCCGCUGCACAGAAACCCGUUAUUCUGCGGUGCAGAUCGCUCGACUUUAUGGGAGUUGCAGAAGCUCGCUCUGCACUUCCAUCCGUCAGUGUCGCUGUUUGCAAAAACCAUUCUGCAGGGAGACUUCAUCCAGUACUCUGGGGACCCUCUGCAGGACUUCACCCUCAUCCGCUUCCUCGAUCGAUUUGUCUUCAGAAACCCCAAACAGCUCAAAGCAGAACAAAACACUGACGCCGCUGUGAUGAAGCCCAAACACAGAUUACCUGUCAGCUUGCUACCAGUGAACAGCGCAGAGUUUCUGUCCAAAGAAGAAAGUCAGGUUCCUGUUGAUGAGAUCUUCUUCCAUCGCUUCUUCAAGAAACGACAGCAGGAGAAGCAGCAACGCCGGCCACGAGGCGACGAUGACGACGAGAGCCUGGAGGAUGUGGACGAUGAUGAGUUUGAGAAACUUCUUGACACCUUUGAAGGCGAUUCGUACUUUACCGACCUCGGCAGUGAUAAUCUGGACUUUGCAGGUAAUGUAAAGAGUAAAAAAGAUAAGAAAUCAGGAGACGACUCGGAGUCGGACGUGGACAACUCGGACAUGGACGACCUGGACGAUGAGGAGGUGUCUCUGGGCAGCAUGGACGAGGAAGACUUCGGAGACGAACUGGAGGAAGAAGGAGGGAUGUUCAUGGACCCUGAUGGAGACGAAGAGGGUGAUGAUGAUGGUUCCAAACAGAAGAAGAAGAAGGAAAAGAAAGAUGCAGCCAUGUUUGCUUCUGCUGAAGAGUUUGGCUGCCUGCUGGACGAGAAUGCCGGCUCCAAGUUUGACAACAUCGGGCUGAACGCCAUGGCCAAUAGAGACAAAGCAGGUCUGAAGCAGCUGAAGUGGGAAGCUCAGCGCGACGACUGGAUCCACGGCCGUGACGCCAAGACGCUGCGCAGGAAGAAGACCACGUUCAACAAGAAGAAGAUGGGGUUCGGCCAAGCCAGGACGGGAAGCGGGACGUUUGGGAGCAAGAAGAAGAGGAAGUAGAUGACGAGGAUGCUGAAGAUGUUGGCCUAAAGCUGAGGGACACCUUCGGUGACCACGCCUUCCUCGUCUGUCUCCCGGACGCUGUAGAUUCCCGGACACUCAGCGGUCUCAUCGUAAACCGGGAGGACGCGGACAUAAAACGGUGUUUACAGAUUCAAUCUGGGGGCUGGCGAAGAGGAGCCACAUUUAGCUUGUUUUAUUUUUUUGUAAAAUCAAAGACUUUGUUGUGCUGAACAUUUUGCUGCAAAUCUCAUCUGGAUCAUUCCAUCUCAGUCCAUCAUGUUUAAAAUAAACUUUGGUUUUAAAAUGCAUAAAUGAAUACUUCACGGGAUGAAAGCAGGGCUGUUUCAUGAUGUUUUUGAGGGAACAUUUGUGUUUUAAGGUAAAUAUCUGGUCCUGUGCCUCUAUGAAAAUGGACUCUGAACGAAUGAACGAUGCUUGAAGUUGCUGAAAUAUUUAGAUGUCUACAGCUUGUAGAAACAUUUUGCUUCUCACACAAUGUUGUUUACACAGAAUUGUCUUAAAACAGUCUAAAAGUGAAUCGUUACACUCGUUAAAGCUUAAAUGUUGGGGGAAAAGUUCACUGUGAUAUUUCCAGGUAUGACGCAAUAUACAAAGUCCAAGUAAAUUUAUUAGAUCCAAAAUUUGUUACGCUGUUCUCUCACAUAUAACUCAUAAUUAUGUAGAGAAGGGAAAUAUUGCUUUGUUUUUAGUUCCAGCCUCAUGGCCCAAAUUUCUCUGGCCAAUGAGAGGGUGUGUGCCGCUGUGCCGUUUUCUUGGUUUGUUUUUCACCUUCGGACUGUUUUCAAGAAUAUCCCGUGUCUUGUAUGUGAGAAGCUCUAAAUAAAAUCUACUGUGGUUUCUACAAGUCUCCAAAUCCGCUGUCAAACACCUGUUUUACGUUAACUGGAGCUGCACUGCUGACGCUCCACAUUCAUAUUUACUCUAACACAUUUGAAGCUCUGGGAGUUUUCUAGAUAUUGGAAUUUUAAAGUGCUCCCUCAAAAAAAGGAUUUCAGAGUGAUAUGUAAAAACAUCCCGACCUUCAUCCUCAGCUGUGAGAGGCUGAAGUUUAUGAGUGCGAUAAUUCAAGCACAACCUCAAGAACUUCAAAUUGAGACCGCAGGUGUGUCUACCAGGAGGCUGGUUAUUUUUGAGAAAUCUCAUGAUUCGUUCCUUUUAAGAAGUCAGCAUUUUCUUUCAGGCAAAUCUGAGCUGACAUGGGAUGAGCCUGUUUGACACAUAAGCAGCAGAUUUCCUUGUAUCUAACAAAUCAAUUCACAUACAACCUGUGUGUGUGUGUUUGUGUGAGACAAACAUUUAAGUGUUUCAUGAUCCUGUUCAGUGUGUUUACAGGUUCAAUGAUUGUUUCUGUCGUUCGGAUCAAGUUGAACAUACUGAUCAUAAU